CAACACCACUCCCUGUUCCAUCCCAAGGUGCUCCACACAGCCACACAGAGAAAAACAGAGAGAAAGUGCGAGAAAGCGCGAGAAAGUGAGAGAAAUCAACCAAACCGGAGAUGGGUAGCUCGUCGGAGGACUUCUCGGUGGUGGUACUGGCAUCGGAUCUGGGUAUAGAUGCGAGGCCAUUCUUGACGAACGAAGAAAGAGAGGUCGAAGAACAAGAGAAUUGGUACGACUGCCCUCAGAACCUUAUUGCCGACGAGGACUUCUCCGAUCUCGAGCUCUUGCAGUUCUUUCGUGUUCAGGGCCAUGACAAGUCUGGAAAUCGUAUUUUUCGCAUAGUGGGAAAAUACUUUCCCGCUCCAGUUGUUAGUGGAGAUAGGCUGAAGAGGUAUAUAUUCCACAAAUUAUGCAGUGAGCUUCCAGAAGGGCCAUACUGCAUUGUUUACAUGCAUAGUACUGUGCAAAAGGAGGAUAACUCCCCUGGCAUAACUAUCUUAAGGUGGAUUUAUGAAGACCUUCCUUCAUAUUUGAAGGACAGGCUUCAGAUUGUGUACUUCAUUCACCCUGGGCUCCGAUCAAGACUUGUCUUUGCCACUCUUGGCCGAUUCUUCUUAACUGGAGGCCUAUAUUGGAAAAUCAAGUAUGUAAGCCGCCUGCAGUACCUUUGGGAGGAUAUAAAGAAGGGAGAGGUGGAAAUUCCUGAAUUCGUGAAAGGUCACGAUGAUGUUCUCGAGCAUAGACCGCUAACAGAUUAUGGCAUUGAACCCGACCCUCUUCACAUGAUUGAGGUUCCGUCAACAGCCUACUCAUUUGGAAGGUAUGAGGAGAGAUGGGCAUCAAGAGAAUAUACGUCGUAAUUGGUACUAUGUAAAGAGCCCUUCCCUACUAAUUGGGAUUUAGGCGUCAAUAAGUUGGCUUGAUAGGUGGCUAUCCCAUAUAUGCAUGUUUUGUACAGAAUAAUACUGAUGUGGUGUUGAGUAGUUUGU